AUGGCAUCUCAAGAAAUUCCCCUUUACGAUUGCCUGAUCAUCGGCGGUGGCAUUGCCGGCCUCUCUUCCGCCCUCAGUCUCGUCCGAACUCUACAUACCGCCGUGGUAUUCGAUGAAGGCAUUUACCGAAAUGAUCAAGCGCCGCAUCUAGCUACCAUUCCAACUUGGGAUAGCCAUGACCCAAGACGCUUCCGUGAGCAGGCUAGGCUCAAUAUCCAGGCCAAAUACAACACCGUCGAAUUUGCAAAUGUAAAGCUCGAGAAGGUGGCUAAGCUUACAGAAGGGCCGAACGAGGGUAAAUUCUGUGUCUGGGACGACAAGCAGCGCUCCUGGCUGGGGAAGAAGGUGAUCUUGGCCAUGGGAGUUGAUGAUAUCCUCCCUACUAUCCCCGGUUUCGACGAAUGCUGGACCAAGGGGAUCGUUCAUUGUCUGGUACAUCGCGGUUACGAGGAACGAGGAUGCGCAAAGGCCGGUGUCCUUGCAACUGAUGGAGAUGCCAACUUGCAUGCCGCCAGGCAUCUGGCUUUCCAGGCUCGCAAUCUUUCAUCUAAUGUCACCAUCUAUACGGAUGGCAACACUGAGCUCGCCGAAGAGAUUCAGGCGGCGUUAGGACCAUGCGGUUUCCAAGCAGAAGCCCGGAACAUCACCAAACUAGUCCAGCAUAACCCUCAACGGUCACUGGACAUUCAUUUUAAUGACGGCAAUUCGGAGACAGUUGGUUUGAUCGUUCACCGACCGCGCACCAAAGUUCGCGGCCCCUUUACGGAACAGUUGGGUGUUGAGAUGACCCCGGAAGGCCAUGUCAAGACGAACUUCCCAUUCAACGAGACAACGGUAUCAGGGGUAUUUGUCGCCGGUGACGCCGGCUCGCAGUUCAAAAUCGGCACCCAAGCUGUUGUCAUGGGUGCCUUUGCGGCGGGCGGUGUCCAGAUGCAGUUCAACAAAGCCUUGGGGAAACCAUUCACAACGACAGUAUUUGGCCAUGAAUACAUCGUUCUUCCAUCCAAAUAUCUUGAUGAUAUCAAGCGGGCGAGUCCGAAGAGUUUGAGCUUUUUUCAAGCCCUCAGCGAUGGAUUGAAUAUGGAGGCCUCUGUUGGCCAUUUAUACACAAGCACAACAGAGAUUGACGUCGUUGUCAAACAUCUAAAUCCCCAGCUCACAAAAUUAACGCCUCUCUUAUCCGAGGAGGCUGACUUUGCCAUUGCUAAAGAGGUUGGAACUCUCCCAGAGUGGAAGACUUUCAACGUUUCCAACCUCAUCGGUGCCAUUGUGCAUCGUACUACUAAUCGAAUCCUCGUUGGCAAAGAACUAUGCCGCGAUGAAGAGUAUCUCUCCACCACGACUCGAUUCUCCCGCUCACUGUUCUUACAUGGAAUCUUUUGGAAUUUCAUCAAUCUAGGACCACUGCGCAAACUUGUGGCCCGCCUCACAAUCUACUUCCAUUUGAAAGAUCGCGAUGCAGCUGCAAAGCUGCUUCUCCCUCACAUCCAUGCUCGACGCCAGGAUAAGGAGGCAUCUUCAAAAUACCAGGAUGCACUCCAGUGGACACUUGAUACGGCGCCAUCUUUCCCUGGUGACGAUGAGCCGUUGCAUCAAGCAUACCACAUGCUGCAUCUCACGUUCGCAGCAAGCAGCGCCUCAGGAGUGGGAGUUACGCAGUGUUUGAUCAAUGUGCUGGCGUACCGCGAAUAUCUCGAGCCUAUGCGUGAAGAGAUCGCGGCAGUCAUAGCCAAACACGGGGGAUGGACUGAUAAAGCACUGUCGCAGAUGGCCUUGAUGGACAGUUUUAUCCGUGAGACCAUGAGAUUGCACCCGGCCGGCUCUUUGACCGUGGCUCGAACUGUGAUGGAUGAACAAUUUCGAUUCCACGACGGCCUGACUCUGCCCAGGGGUACGAACAUCAUCGCGCCGGCGCUGGCUGUGCACUAUGACCCAGACAACUACGAGGACGCAAGCCGAUUCGACGGGUUCAGGUUCGCCCGUUAUCGCCAGAAACAGGGAGAAAGCCAUCGCUGGCUGGCAUCUACCAUCGAUCAUAAGUUCCUCCAGUUCGGCUACGGCAAUCAUGCCUGUCCAGGCCGGUUCUAUGCCGUUCGCAAGGUGAAACUGGUCUUCGGAAAGCUGCUCAUGGAUUAUGACUUCGACUGGACGCAGUCUCAGCCAGCAGGAGAUCGUCCAAAGGAUUUUGCGAUAGAGGCGCAAAUGAUGGCAGCGCCGGAGACCGAGAUCUUAGUCCGCAGCCGGGCUAAUUCCAAAUAG